GGUGAAACUAGUUUACACUAGUAAAGAAAUCAAUGAAGAGAGAGCAGCACAGAGGUUUCUGCAAUGGCUUUUAAAGCAUUCACACAAAAGCAUGUCUAUGAAAAGCAAGCAGCCCCUAAAGAGAAGGACAAAUCCAUCAUCCAGUGCCUAGAAUGCUGUGGCAAGAACUUGUAUAUAGGAACCAAGGAUUCAACAGUUCAGCACCUCCUCCUGCCCAGUUUAACAAAUGAACCCCAGAGUCCUAGAGAUACCAGGGAAGGAAGGCUGAGAAAACUAGGCUCCAGUCACCCAGUAGUCCAGCUGAGGGCAAUCCCUAUAUUCAACCACCUUCUGGUUUUGUGGGACCGGAGCGUUACUGCCCUAAACAUGUUCUCUCUGGAGCCCAUCCCCGCCCUGAAGAAGAUCCAACACGUGUCGUUAUUCGAGCUGUGCGACCUCACAAACCAGUCGGAGGCAGUGGAGAUGGUGACCUGUUCGAGCCGAAGGAAGGUGAUCAGGAUCCACAUUGUUGGAGUGGACAAGUGGGAGGUAGUCAAAGAAAUCACACUGCCCCAGGACCCUGUGGCCUUGGCGGUGGAUGGUGGAAGCCUGUGUGUAGCUACAAGUGACAGGUACCUCCUCUGUGACCUUAACACUGGGAACAGCAAUGAGCUCUUUCCACACAGUCACAGCCGGCAGCACGUUGUCGUUACAUCAGUGGGACGAGGGGAAUUCCUGCUGAACGGGCCUGAAUCUUUGGGCUUGUUUGUGAUGAAGACCGGGAUAUGCCAGCGCCCUCCCCUGCAGUGGCCUCAGGAGGUGCUGGCAGCCGGAGUAUGUUUCCCUUACAUCCUAACCCUACAGCCCCAAGUGCUGUCUGUCUACAGUAUGUUAGAUCAGCAACGCAAACACACUGUGAGUCUCAGUGGAGCGAAGGGUCUGCUCUCCACAUCAGAUGGUGUGUUAGUGUUCACAGAGAGAGACAUUUUCAGCCUGUGUCUGGUACCGAUAGAAGAGCAAAUCCAAACCCUGGUGGGCCACGAGAGGGCUGAUGAGGCCUUAUUGCUGCUGGAGGGAGUUCAAAGCCAUCGUCCACUUGACUCUCACAAGGAGCUGCAGAAGGCCAUCACUUGCCUGGCUGGAUUUGUUCAUUUUUACCAGGAGGGUUUUUCAGAAGCCAAGGACCUAUUCAUCAAAGGUGAGCUGGACCCCAGAGAAAUCAUCAGCCUCUACCCUGACGUCAAGUCUUGUCUCAGUGCAGACUUUCAAUCCCACCUGGAUCAAGUGAACAAGCACAGAGAUCUGGAGGUGCUGUGGCAGGAGGACAGAAACACAUUUUAUCAUUACCAAGCUUUCCUGGGAGAUUUCCUCAGAGGAGUCAGAGAGACUCAGCAAGACCUGAGGUGUAGAAAGGAGGUGGACUGCGCCCUCCUGUGGCUGUACGCGGAACAGGAUGACACUGGAAAUCUGCUGCAGCUUGUAACAUUUCCUAAUGAGUGCUGCCUGGAUCAGUGUGUUCCUGUUCUGCAACAACACAAAAGAUUUUUUGCCUUAGGUUUACUCUAUCAAAGCCAUGGAGAGCACUCAGAGGCAUUACAGACGUGGGUGAAGAUCGCAGAUGGCCUCCUCACAGACCCCACUUGCUCUGAUGUGUAUGAACACAUAGUGUCGACUCUUAGUCAGCUCAUAAACAAAGAUGUUGUGUGGGCAUUUGCAGACUGGGUUCUGCGCAGAAACCAGGAGACAGGUGUGCAGAUUUUUACAAAGUGGCCACCAGACAACCAGUUUUCCACACAAGACGUACUUGUUCUUCUGGAAGCAUAUCCACAGGCGAUGAUGUUGUAUCUUGAGUUUUUAAUUCAUGAUUUACACAGUAAGGAGGAGAGACAUCACAGCCAUCUGGCCCUGGCAUAUGUUACACACACACAGCAAGAGGAAGAAGAGGCAAAGUCAAAUCUGACGGCAACCAGGGAGAAACUGCAGCAGCUGCUAUGGGAUUCAGCGUUUUAUGACAUCUCCAUCAUAUUUGAGAGAGUCAAAUCCACAUCUCUGCACAUGGAAAAAGCCAUUCUGCUGGGUAAGGCUGGUGAACACUUUCAAGCCCUACAGCUGCUGGCCCACCAUGAGCGAGACCCCCAGGCUGCAGAGGCCUACUGUGACAGGUUUUCCCAAGGCCAGGACCCAGAGUACAGGCAGACUCUGCUCUCCACCCUUCUGAAGGUCUACCUGAACUCUGAGGGUCUGACUAGUGCUGCUGUGGAUCUGCUCAAUAACAACCCACAGGUCUUUGCUACAGAGAAGGUGGUCCAGGUCCUGCCUGAGUCCUGGUCUGUCCAACUGGUCUCCCAGUUCCUGGUUGGAUCCCUCAGGGAGACUUUCCACCAGACGCGCAUGAGGAGACUCCAGAAGGCUUUGGCCCAGGCGGAACUGUUCAGGCACAAGGUCAUUUGGAUGCAGGCCUCAAAAACAGCUUUCAAAGUUCACAAAGGGCAAGUGUGUAAGGUUUGUCAGAAGGACCUGACAGAGCCGCAGUUUAUCUGUAACCUCCAAGGUGAACUGAUUCACACAACCUGCACUGCCUUCUCAGCUUUGUAACAUCUGCAGUGUAUGGAAGGGGACUGUGUAAAUGUAAUAGAUCACAAAUUAUUAGUUUGUUAAUAAGUAUUUUAAUUAUUCCAUCAAAGUAAUGAAAGUCAAAACAAUUUGAGUGCAUUUUUUAAUUGCUUUUCUAAUAAAUGUUUUAACCUGGAAAUUAAAGUCUGAAAAAGUCUUAAUUUAAACCAGUGUAAACUUCAUAUCUAUUAAAAGUUAACUAACAUAACUUUAAUUAAAACUACAAGGUUGUAAUUUGAAAGCUCAAACACCGAAAUCAGCUGCGGUGAGAAAAUUAUAUUCUUUACCUUUUUAGUAAAAAGAACUUAUUUGGAGGCACCAAUCACCAGCAUUCUGAUUAGUGACUGUAACUGUAUAUUGUUUUCCCCAAUUGAUCACAAUUGCAUUUGCAGUUUAAUUACAUAUAUGCAAUUAGUUACUCCUUAUCAUUGCUGAUAUGCAAAUGUGUGUGUUUGUCUGGUGUUUGUACAUUUUCCAAGCAGCAACCUCCAAGGCUGAAAGAUGAAGCCAAUGCAAAGUGCCAAAAAUGGCAGAUCCUUGAAUGAAUGGCCACUUGAGUCUGACUCCAAAACCGAAUCAGUCAAAUAAACAUGUCAACACCCUGGUGUAAAAACCGGUUUUGGCCUCUAUAGCAAAUUUCCUUGCCCAUGACAACUCUAUGCUUAUUUUCUAAGUUGGACAUUCGGAACAUGUAUUUAUUGAAUAAAACACUUUUGUUUAUUUAAUGUUAGCUGUAGCUUGGCGAGUGUGACCCCUCACUCUUCCUCAGCUUCUCUGUCUUCUCCAAACACAGGCACUUCUGGCUCUAAAAAACCCAAAACGCUGAACUCAAGGCUUCAGAACUGCAGUCCACAAACCAACGAGUGACAUCACAGAGACUUUGUCCACUUUUUAUAUACAGUCUAUGGCUACUCGGCGCCCUAGAUAAUCAUAUUCAUUUCUUGGUGUCUGUUUCCUACCUGAUCAUUUUUCUAGAUUAGACUGUGUCAUCUACUCACUACAACGAUUCAAUUCAUGGACCUGAGACCAGACAAGUUCCCCAAGUAGAAAAAAGAAAAUACAUUGUGUAAAUAACUGGUUUCAAAAUGCAAAAAAGCAAGCAGUGCAGUUUUCCAGGGCGGCAUGUCUGAGCCAUUUCCUAAAGAGGCAGCAAUAGCUAUAAAGUGAAAUGUGGAGGACACUCAGGGGCAUAUAUUAAAUGAUCAGACAGUGGCGUUCUGCAUGGAAACCACCUGUGGUCACCCGGAUGGCCAAAGAGAAUUUGAUUCGUGUAUAUAUACAUCCCGGCCAUCAUGGUUUCCUCUGACUGUGUAUAUUUGUCUGCA